AUGUUCCGCCAAAUACGCGUAGCACCCGAAGACACUAAAUAUCAGUGUAUCUUCUGGCGUCCUUCAGAAAACUCUCCGCUAGCAGCUUAUCGUUUGGAAACCGUCACAUACGGCACGGCGUGUGCACCCUUUCAUGCCAAUCGCGUCUUAAAACAACUCGCGAAAGACGAAGGCGAAAAGUAUCCGUUGGGAGCAGCCAUCUUGUUAGACGAAUUCUACGUAGACGAUGCUAUGUUCGGUGCAGACGAUCCGUCGCUAUUGGUAGACAUGCGCGAUGAGCUGAACCGAUUGCUCAUGGCGGGCGGGUUUAAAUUGAGGAAAUGGGCAAGCAACUCUUCGUCACUCCUCAAAGAUAUCCCAGCAGAGGAUCAUGGGUUAGCGGUUAGCAGAACCUUGCAAGAUGACGAAAGGGUUAAGGUGUUAGGAAUUCAGUGGAACCCUUCCUCCGAUGUCUUUCAUUUCCAUACGAAUACUCCCGAACUUAAGAAAUAUACGAAGCGGGCAUUCUUAUCGCUAUUGGCAAAAACGUACGACCCGUUAGGUUGGAUAGCACCCUUUAUUGUUCAAGGAAAAAUAAUCUUACAAAAGUUGUGGUUGGCAAAAGUUAGCUGGGACGACAAUUUACCUCCAGAUUUAGCACGCGAUUGUGAGAAGUUUCACUCAAUGCUCUUCUACACAAGAGAUAUUUCGAUUCCUAGAUGGGUAGGAGUAGGAGGGGAGAUAAAAACGGUGCAGCUACACGGCUUCUGUGAUGCCUCUCACUUAGCGUACGCUGCAGCGGUGUAUAUCCGAGUAGAGUCUUCGUCAACAAAGGUUACGCUGCUGUAUGCAAAAACUAAGGUGGCCCCGUUGAAAGUGCAGAGCAUUCCUCGGCUUGAACUCGGCGCGGCUGAGCUGUUGAGUCGGGCGAUCAAUUUUGUUCUUGGGGCGUUGCGAGUCAAACUCGAUGCCAUCGUCUGUUGGUCAGAUUCAAAGGUUGUAUUAGAUUGGUUAAAUGCACAUCCAGGAAACUGGAAGACCUUCGUAGCAAACCGAGUAUCAGAAGUGCAAACGAGCUUACCUUCGGCUCUGUGGCGUCACGUUCCAGGGACGCAAAACCCCGCCGAUUGUGCGUCGCGAGGAUGCUCAGCCAGGGAUCUCAGGACGCAUGAUCUCUGGUGGAGUGGACCGAACUGGCUGUCAGAUCCCUCGGAGAGCUGGCCACAGCAAGGGUUCACUCCAAGGGACGAGCAGGUCGGCGAGGAAUGUUCGGUACAGGUGGUUUCAAACGUAGAUCACAAGGUGGAACCGUUGGAGAUCUUCUCUCGUUUCUCUUCCUGGCCUAAAUUAUUGAGAGUACUUGUAUACGUGUACAAAUUCUACAACGCGUGCAGAAAAAGUCCAAACACAGAGAAAGGCAAGGUCGUCUCGAAGACAGAAAUACAGUUCGCAAAAACUAAAUGCUUUCAACUGACACAAGCUAAUCACUUUCCAACAGAAUUGAGAGAACUUGCUAAACCAAAAGGAGUGCUAACUAAAAGUUCAAUUUUGGCUCUUUCCCCGUAUUUAGAUAAAGAUCACAUAAUUCGCGUGGGUGGGCGCUUAAAGUACUCACCUCUGCCUGAAUCGGAGAAACAUCCGAUAAUACUUCCGCGAUGCCACGUCACUUCACUAAUUUUGAAGCACGUGCACAUCAUGACGCAGCAUGGAGGGCUGCAACUGACAUUGCGAACCCUGCGCCAGCACGCGCACAAACCUUACAGCAGCAAAUGGGAGACUUGCCACGAGAACGCGUAA